AACAUCACUCGUUCCCGAUUGGAUAAUAUGUGAUGCAGAUUUCAUUAUGUUUUAUCAUCCUUGAAAACCAUUUGCUGAAUUUGUAAAGAAGUUUCUGGAAACUGUGACGUCAAAAUUCUGAUUAACAUAUUGUCUGCGCAUUACACUUUGCUUUCGCAUUUUUAAUCCUUUUGUUAUGUCGUGGUGGUGGGAGAAGUGUCACAGAUAUUCGUUUAUUAGAUUCCGAUUCAAUUUGCAAUUGCUAUACGAUUCUUUUCAAGAAUUUUUAAUUUCCUAAGGAUUGCAAGAAAUAUGCCUUUAAUUAUCAAUUGAAACAAUCAAGGGACAUCAAGAUUAAUUUAAUCUUCUGUGGAUUUCGUUAAAAUAUCGGACAAAGAAAAAAAAUGGCAUCUUCGAACUUCUAGAUUAUCGGCCAUCUUGACGUUCUCUUGCAUGCGUAUUUGAUAUUUUAUGACAAGAACAUCUCAUUUUUCUUUUUUAAUGGGAUCACUUUUAGCCAAAUAUCUGCAGGUCGCAAAAUUGAAAAAUAUUAAGGACAAGUGGCAUCAUUUUGUCGACUUAUUUCAUCCAUUCAUCUCUACAUCAUUUUGUGGAUUCAUCAUUUCAUCCAUUCAUCUCUACAUCAAUGAUCCGAGUAUUGAUAUUUUGAAUGAUGUUGAUGCCAAGUUCGAGAAAGACCCUGAUAGAAUAAUCACGGAACUUGAAUUAAAACAUAAAAAACCUCAAAACGAUUUUAUGAAUAAGCUAUCUUUACCCAAAGGUUCUGAAGCUCCGAGGGAAUUACGAAGAAAAGAAUUUGUUUUAAGAAAUUCAACUUUAACAAAUCUUUGGAGAAGUCCUAAUGUACGCUCUUUAUACAACUUAAUUCUUGCUUUUUUUGUAUUCCUGUACCUGCACAUCGCUAUCUUCUAUUACUUUAAUGUUGAACGGUUAAAAAGAGAUUUAGCAUUGGUUUCAUGGUCAUUUGGUCAGUUUCACAUUGUUACUGCCGUAUGGAUUGGCAUCAACUUAUCGAUUGUUUUCUUUUUACAUCCUGUCUUUCGAUUCUGGGCUUCUUCUAGAGCAUUUGCGAAGAAGAAGGGCCUUUAUGAUUUGAUGUUUUGCACUUUAUUCGUUUUGUAUGAAGCGGCUUUGCUGAUAAUUCCACCAAAAAUAAUCAUAGACUGCAAUAUACCACCCGCAUCAUCUUGCGCGUUAGUAAUGGAACAGUUUAGACUUUUUAUGAAGAGUUAUGCAUUUGUUCGAGAAAACAUUAACAGAGUUUUAAAGUAUAAGCUCCAUCAAGAUGAUGAUGAGGAAUCAAACUCACCUCCUUGUCUAGAAGAUUGGUGGAACUGUACUUCCUAUACAAAAUUUUACCGAUCUUGGAAUAUACUUGUACAUGAUUGGCUGUACUUCUACAUAUAUUGUGAUAUGUACGCUAUUUUGAAAAGCAGAACUGUUGCUAUGUUGUCAGUUUUUCUGCUAUCUGCAAUUGUUCAUGAAUAUAUCGUAGCCGUUUCUCUCAGAUUUAUAUUCCCUCCUUUAUUCACAUUAUUUUACAUAGCUGGUAUUAUAUUCAUUUUUAUGACUCGAAGAAGAACCUCAAACUUCUGGAACUUUUUCCUUUGGUUUACUUUGUUGCUAGGAUAUGGACUUUUACUAGUUUUCUACUCUUUGGAAAUGUCUGCCAGGAUCAACUGCCCGAGGAUUUUAGAUUCUUGGCUAGACUAUGCAGUUCCUCGGUUUCUCCAUUGCAAUGUGAUAUCUUUCCCAGUUUAGCGUAAAAGUUUAGUUAAAAAGUUUUUUAGUAAAAAUAUAACAAUCUAACUCGACCUGUAUUCUAAAUAAAUAGAAUUCCAGACAAUCCAAUGAAAAUUUAAUUUUGGAUAUAUGUCUAACAUGUAUUUGGAAAUAGAGUGCCUCUAAUUUUGGGAGACUUAUUUAAGUAAUAUUGUAAAUUAGAAAUUUUCGAAUAUGUCCAAACUUAUUUGAAUAUCAUUAAGAGUGUAUCUCACUUUCUUUAAUUAUUUUAAACAAACUUUUAAAUCGAUGAAAUUAAGUAUGUCUUACUACUGUAGAUGUAGAAUUCUAGAAACUUUUACAGAAAUGGAAGCUUUCAGGUUUACUAAAUCUUUUUUAAAAUAUUUUAAAUCAGUUAUAUCUGAUUAAUAAUUAUUAAAGAAAGAUAAUUCAACUAAAAAAUACA